AUGGAGGCCCUUCGUGCCGACGAAAUAGUGGGUGCUCACGCCAAGCACCUUCACCUCAGGAUGGAGCUCGGCGCUGCUGAGAUGAUGCUGGAGCAGGAGCUGGAGAAGAUGACCACCGAAGAGCUCAAGCGCAUCAUCGAGGAAGGCGACCUGGAGUGGAACGAGGGCGUGUGUACGGAUGAGGUGGACCACGAACACAACAACAACACCAACGGCGGCGGCGACCACGCUCUGCUUUCGUCGCAUGCCGACGUCGAGAUGAGGGGACAGACGAGCGGCGGCGCGUCAUGGCCGGUGGUGGCGGGCGAAGAGAGCGAAGCCAAGUUGAAGCGAGAGACGGCGCGGGACAUCGUGUAUUUUGUGCAGACGCAGGGCUUCGAGGGCAUCGCCGAGGAGGAGUGGGACAGCGACGAACUCGACGAGAUCGAGGAGCUCAAGAAGGAGAUCGACCGCAUCCAAGAGGAACUUAAAUUCCAGAGGGAGUUGAAGGAGUUCGAGCGGAGGCUGUGCACGAUGUCAAACUACGAGCUGAAGGUGCUGGUGAGUCGCAUGGAGGAGAAGCAGAUGGAUCGAUACCGCCGGCGCCGAGGCGGCGGCGGUGGCCACAGCACCCGGGAGCGCAGCUACACCGCCUCCAACGAUGGGCAAUACCCCGACACGUCGCACAUAGCGGUUCCCCCGGGGCUCCUCGACGAUGACCGCGAGGGCCGCUUCUUCGACGAGAUGUGCGGCACGCUCAGGGCCAUGCUCCACAAGGCCCUCGCCGAUCGCGACGCUCAGAACGGCGACGAUGGCGACGACGACGAAGUGGAGCACGAGCGGGAGGUCGACGAUGACGACGAUGACGAUGAAAACGACAAAGACGGCAGCUCGGACGGCACGAAGCGGUCCAAGAAGGAGAGGCGAAAGAAGAAGAAGAAGAAGACAAAGAAGAAGAUCGGGAGCCUGCUCAACAUUCUUUCGUCGAAGGGCCGGCAAGACGGCAAGCGCAAGGCCAAGGAGGCCGGCGACGACGACGUGGCCGACGGCCCCAAGUCCGACGAGGUCAGCGACGCCGGCGAGCAGCAGGUCGCGACGAGCCGCGGCAGCCGGAUCGCCGGGCUCGGCAAGAAGCAGAAGAAAGGCGGGAGCGUCAGCAAGCGGGAGAAGAAGGAGCGGAAGAAGGCCGCCAAGGGCAGCAAGCGGAAGCAGCGCAAGGAGGCCCGGGGCGAGUCGAGCGAUGACGACGGCAGCGGCAGCGGCAGCGGCAGCGGAAGGAAGGGAAGCGCCAACAAGAAGAUCGCGUCGAUGCUGCCCUUCCCGCUGUCGCUCUCCCGGUCCAAGCUGCCGGCCGACCUCGACCAGGCGGGCAUCAUCGCCCGGCCCGCCAUCUUCGACGACUCCCUCUUCGAGGGCUGGCUCUACCGCCGCAAGGAGAAGGGCAUGCGCAAGACCUGGCAGAAGAGGUGGGGAGUGAUCCUCCGGGGCCGAUUCAUGCUGUACGACGACAAGCAGAAGGAGAAGCUGGAGGAGUGGGACCUCAUGUUCGUCAAGGCGCAGCCGGGCGUGGCCAAGAUGAAGCGCAAGGACUCCCGGGCGAAGGAGGCGAGCCCGGGCGGCGACAACGCCACCGCCCCGGGGGGCCGCACCGCUAAGCGCCCGCGCUCGGCAUCGCUCUCGUCAUCGCUCUCCGCCUCGACGCCGUCCUCCGCCCACUCCUCGCCCUACCCGCCGCAGCGCCAGAACAGCAUCGCCGGGCUCAGCGCCACCACGCCCUCGCCCCCGUCCUCCGGCCGCACCUCCCCGCGCGGCAACUCGCCCUACUCGUCAUCGUCGUCGGUGGUGAUGGGCACCACGUCGCCCUCGCCCGCAGCGCACCCGGCAACGUCGCCCGCGCGCACGCUGUCGGCCACGUCAGGCGGCUCAUCGGGCUCGUUCCACUUCUUCGAGCUCAUGACCCGCGAGGAGACCGUGCGGUUCCUGUCGCCGUCGGAGCGCGACAACGAGGAGUGGGUGGAGAUCAUCAACCGCGAGCGCGACACGCUGGUGACGUGCAUGCUCCUGGCGGGCGACGACUCGGACUCGGCCGCCGCUAGCGGUGACAAGGCCGGGCACGGCGACGGGGCCGACACCACCACGGCCGAUGCGGUCGACAAGGACGGCAAGCUGGGCAUCACCGAGAGCCGCCGCCUGCUGCGCGAGAUCAUCGAGGCCGAGCUGCAGCUCCCGGAGGAGGGCGAGCAGGAGGAGGACUCCGAGAGCACCACCAGCGACGACACCGCAGCCAAGGAGGAGAGGCCGGCGGCCGGCGACGUCGAAGCCGAGGUCUCGGCCAAGGGCAAAGAGGCCGAGACGAGCGCUGGCCCUGUCGACAACAAUGAGGACGAGGAGGGAGAGGGGCUCGAGUCCAAGGGAAGCACGAAAACGAAAAAGAAGGACAAGAAGAAGGGAAGCGAAGCGAAGCGGAAGAGCCGUAGCGCCAGCGACGCGAAGGACGAGAAGAAAGACCGAACCCUGCGGUGGUCGUCCAACCUCUACUGCGCCGACUGCGGCGAACCCCAACCCGAGUGGGCGUCGAUCAACUACGGCAUCUUCAUCUGCCUGGCCUGCUCGGGCAUCCACAGGAGCCUCGGCGUCCGAUCGGUGGUGCUGGACCGAUGGCGGCUGGAGGACGUGGAGCUCAUCCGCUCGGUGGGCAACCGCAAGUUCAACCAGCAGUGGCAGCAGCGGGUGGAGCGAAUCCUGGAGGGACCCUACGGCGAGGAGUUCCGGGCUCACUUUGCCUCGGCCGCCGAGCACCAAUACUGCCACCUCGGACCCGAUGCCUCUCCGGAACUGCGACGAAAGUACUUGCGGAUCAAGUAUGCGGGAGACCUGGCGUCCGUGUUGGGCGUGCCCAGACAGUGUACGAUAAUCAUCGCCCCCCGAAAGGAGGACACCACCGACGUCGCGUGA